AAGAAACCUUUUCAUUUCAUUUAUAUAUUAUCUAAAUUUCUAUAUAGUCCUAAUUAGCAGUAUGAUGUCCGUGGAGGAGCUCAGAGCGUGUGCUUUGCUGCAGGAUUGCGCUGAUCAGCUGUCAGUGUUAGGAAAUAUUAUACGCCCCAGAGCGGAGACUCAAAGGACCGAACUGCAUCUAAAAACAGCUCAACUGAUGGCUGGAAGCAGUUUGUCAAAUUUCUCAGGAGAACUCAAAUCCCAAAAGCACCUCAAAAUUCAACAGACUCUGCUUGCUUCUGACAACCUGGCCAAAGUGCAGAAAGACAGGCAAUUUGUGUCAGAUGUGAUCAAUGCUUUAUUGGAGGAGCUGCAGAAGAAAAACAAUUUUCAGAGUCUCUUUUAUGCAGUGGAAGAGGAACGGAAGAAGAAAGCUGAGCUUCUUGACAUAAUAAACAGGGAGGAAGAAGGUCGUCGCCAGAUUAAAAAACUGCAAAAGCAGUUACUUGACAUUCGCAAGGAAAAAACAGAAGAGUGUGAGAGGCUUGAGGAAGAGGUGGCCAUCCUAAAGGACCAGGUACAGGACAUGAGGGUGAGGACAAACCAACAAGGGAAAUUUGUAAAGAGCUAUGCUGAACAGCUUGUCUGCCAAGGAUCAAAGCACAACAGUCACAAAGAGAAUGCACUAGAAGAUGAAGUUAUGAUGCUUCAAGAGAAAAUUGAGGAAGAAAAGAAUGUCCACUUUGAAACAGAGGCCUUCCUAAAAAAACAACAUGCAAACUUAAAGGAAAAGUUACAGUAUUGGAUCCAUCGUUAUGAAAAGGACAUGGAGGAGAAGGAGCAAGAUAUCGCUGCUUUGCAGAAUAAAAGAAACAGCAGCCAGACACGAAUCCAAGACCUAUCUAAAAAGUGCAAAGACAUGGAGAAUGUUGUCAUUGAAGACAGAAUGGAGAAGGAGCAUUUGCGAGCCCAGAUGGAGAAAGAGCAGAGGGAAAAAAAUGCAGCAACAAAGAUCCAGGCCUGGUGGCGGGGGACUCUUGUACGCAAAGGACCACGUUCCAAGAAAGCAGAUAAAUCCAAGAAAAAAGAUGGCAAAAAGGGCAAAAAGAAGAAGAAGUGAUGACU